AAUCAUAAGAUAAUAGAGGCCCGGGUAGACUAGUGUGGUUAGUAAUAAUGAUUAUAAGAGUAGUACAAGUAGAAGGAAUAAGAGUUAGGCAGAUUGUCAGUUGGAAUUAGGCUGGGAGAGCGAGGCCUCUCAAAGUGUCUCGAUCUGUUUUCUUCUUUCUUUCAGUAUAAUCCGAAAUUUCUGCUGCGUUUGUUGAGGUUUCUAUCACUUACACAUCAAAGGCGUCAGCCUUACUAUCGCAUCAAACUAGUUACGCCUCUCAUCGCGAACUCCCUGAAAUUCUUAAAGGCAUGCCUCAAGGCGCAGUUGCAUUGUGCAGUAUCAAACAAUGACAAAAGACAUAAUUUACUGCUUUCAUUAUUUAUAUUUUUACUAUUGUUGUUGUUGAUAUGGUUGGGAUUAUUAUAUAGCCCGAUCUUAUGUAAAUUCUGUUUGUGGAUAUACCGGCAGCAGGCAGGUUUUGACUUCAUCUUGAAUACCUAUUUAUAUUUACAGUUCUUGGCAAGAAGACAAGCACACUUGUUACGUGAUCAACAGGGUCCAUCCUUUUCAGAAUUUGGGGUGUUGGUUGACAUGAUUCGGGUGCCGGAAUGGGCAUUUGAUGUUGGUCAAGAAAUGAGGGGGAUGGGCCAAGAUGCUACUGCAUAUCAUCCUGGACUUUACUUGACUCCAGCUCAGAGAGAAGCGGUGGAGGCACUUAUACAGGAACUUCCUAAGUUCAGGAUGAAGGCUGUCCCGACUGACUGCAGUGAAUGCCCUAUCUGUUUGGAAGAGUUUCAUGUUGGAAACGAGGUCCGGGGUCUACCUUGUGCUCACAACUUCCAUGUGGAGUGCAUCGAUGAAUGGCUCCGCCUGAAUGUAAAAUGCCCAAGAUGCCGCUGCUCGGUUUUCCCAAAUCUAGAUCUUAGUGCUUUGUCCGACAUCCAGCCCGAACCGGAGAGGCCAUCUUCAGCAAAUAGUUAUGCUCGAACACAACCAGCACCUUCAACCCACAUACUGAGAUUGCUCCAUCCAGUCAGCUCUGGACAUCCCGAGUUUUCACCACCUGCUACUGAACAUUCUGGGUCUGUAGAAGUGUAGGUAGUCGUGGCAGAACGUGUUUCGCCUAGGCAGUGACUGCUUCCUGUAUAUUCCAACUACACACUGGCUUUGAGGGGAUACCUUUUUUUGCCUGUUAUAGCCUUCGUUGACGGCUUCUACUCCGAAUUGUUCAUAGUACGCUUAGACUUGCGUGGACUGGAAUAAUACCUUCACAACUCGAAAUCUGAUGUUUCCUUUGGAAUGAUGUAAUGAAGAGUGGAUUUUGUUUGUACAUGCCAAAUAGCCAAACUGAAAAUGGAGUGAAAAUUUCUUGUUUUGUUGUUGACGUGCGGCCGUGCGGGUUAACUUCAAAUGGGGAAUCAACCAUCAUGUAUUACUUCUUCAGUAAUAAUAGUUCAAAGGAGGUUUGGAACUGCUUGUGCUGCUUUUCUGUGUACAAUAAAUUGUGUCAAGCUGUGUACUAUUAAUUCCCCUAGAAUAGAGGAUCAGUCAAGACUUAUAAGUGUUUAGAUGACUUGAUGUUGUGAAUUAGUUUUUUUGUGUGUAAAUUACCAAAAGGUGAAAUUAAUACGUAGUACAUCACUAAUUCCCACUUUUAUGCAAUUUAACAAAGACAACAUACUUGAAAUUUCACUGUUGAUUGCAU